CCGAAGCCCAGCCGCGCCGAUGCCCAAGCUGCCGCUCUCGCCUGUGCCCGAGCAGGAGGCCGACGCGGCGGGGGAGCGGCUCUCAGGGAACGCGUCCCCCGCGUCCCUCGCUCCGAGCGCCUUCAGCUUGCGGAACUCAGAGGCAAGGAGGAAAAAACCGCCUCCCCCCCCAAGUCGGACCUCAACUUCCUUUACUCCCGAGGCUGUGGAUGAUGGGAAUUGUAGUCCAGCGGCGAAUAACAAACGGGGCAGCCGAGUCAAACUGAUUAAAAAACCCCCCAAAAAGGGGAAGGACCCGGCCGGGAUGGUAGACCUCGGCAGCACGCCAGCUGUGAUGAGGGCGGUUGUAGUCCAGUAUUGCAGGUAUGUUUGUAUAUUUCUGUUUCUUGACACAGUAUUAUAUCAGACUUUUUCAGGGUCCCCUGAUACAUCAGAAUCCAAUUGCCAGGAAAACAGCGCCUGCUUGUUGGAGAAAACAUUAAACUGUUCUGAAGAAGAAGAUGAGGAUGGAGAAGCAGCAGAAGACGAUCAAAUGGAAGAGUGGGACACAGACCUUGAGAUAGAAAAAUCUACAACAUGCUAUGAUCCUGCAGGGAAAGCCAGAUACCUUGCAAUCUGUCAAGCGUACGGCGUGGUCCCUAUCUCUUAUUUUUUACGGCAUAUGAAAGAUUCUGAGCUGACUGUGAAGCAUCGCGGCCUUAGCCCCAAGGCAGCCAAAGCGCUCGCUCUUUCCCUGACCAGCAACACAUCCAUUGUGAAGCUGAACCUGAGUGACAACGGGCUGGAUGGAAACGGAGCAAUUGCGAUGGCGGAGAUGUUAAAGGAAAACUGCUACAUUUCAGAACUUGAUUUAUCAGAGAACAGAGUCGGGAUAAAAGGGGCAGAGGCUCUGUCUGCAGUGCUUCGGGAAAAUCCAGUUCUUGUGACCGUGAAACUUUCAGGAAAUGAAUUAAAUGACAGGGCAGCCAUAUACCUGGCAGAUGCUUUAGUGACCAAUCAGAAAGUGGAGCACCUUGAUCUGAGUCAUAACAUGCUUGGACAGCCAGCAGGAGAAGCUCUUGGCGUGGCCAUGGCGGAAAAUGUGGGGCUGAAGAAACUCGACCUCAGCUGGAACAACUUUCGGGGCCAAGGAGCGGUAGCUGUCGCCAAAGGCUUGGGGGCAAAUAUAUUCCUUCGAGUCCUUGAUCUGUCAUAUAACGGCUUUGGCAACAGUGGGGCAGCUGCUCUGGGGGCAGCCCUGAAAAGCAACAAUGUGCUGGAAGAGCUCCACAUCGGUAAUAACCGCAUUGCCUUGGAAGGAGCCCUCGCGCUGGCUUUGGGCCUGAAAGGAAACAAGAACCUGAGGAAACUCAAGAUGUCCAGGAACCCCAUCCAGAAUGAAGGCUGCCUCGGGAUCCUCAAAGCCAUCAGAGUCAAUCCUGGAGCUGCUAUGGAACUUCUGGAUUUUUCAGCAAUUGUGGUGAAACAGGACUUCGUCCAGGCGUGUGAGGCUGUCCAAGAACUUUUCCCAAGCCUUUUGAUCCACCACGAUGGAACCACUCGCUUGUUCGGAAGAACACUUUCAAAGGUUUCCUAAAGAGGUUCCUGGUCGCUCUGGAAGAUCAGCCUUUUCUUGUGGACGUCCCAGAUGGGAGAACUGCGGUGAAACGUCGGCUGAUCCUUGAUAAGAGGUUCAGGCCUUGUGAUUCCCCUCCCCUACACGGGGGCUUCUCUUUGUGCAAGAACCGGCAUGUUGUGUGUAAGGCCACUUUGUCAUGUGCUGAACGGUUGCUGCAGGGGUUUCCUUCCACGGAUUUUGGCACCCUGCAGCCCGAGGGGAUCCAUUGGCACCAGAGG